AUGGACGGUAAAAAUGUGAAAAGAAAGGCAAAUUGGGAUGGGGCAGAGAAGUCCCAUCUGCUAAGUCUGUUGGCUGGCGAUGGAAUCAUCGAGGUAGUUGAAGUGAAAAACAAUAAUUAUGCAGCUACGUCAGCGAAGAAAGUGGCUUGGAGUAGGAUCUUGGCGGACUUCUCUUCAAGAUACGGCGAGAAACGAGAUGAGAGGGAGCUCAAAGAUCAGUGGCGGCGGAUGAAGCUGCAGGCGAAGGCAGAAUGGUCAUCUUUCAGAUCGCAAACGGGGAAGACGGGCGGAGGUCCUCCGCCAGCCGAGCCGUCCAUGAUGGCGAAGGAGGUCAAACGUCUCGUGCCCACAGAGUUCAGUGAAAUAAGGAAUCCGUUUGACGACGACUGCUACAUCACGGGGAACAACCCCGAAGCCGUGACAGCAGAACUCUUCAUCGCCGGGGAGAAACGCCCAUCGCUGAAGUAA